GUGAAAGAUAACGCCUUAUCUGCCUUCCACAUAAGCAGGUUUCCCAUAUGCGUCGCUUCAGACUCCGCCAGGUGAUCGAUGGAUCUCCAUCUCUUCAACUGAACAUCACUGCAAGUCUAAAGUGAGGUGAGGUGGGCCAUGGGUCCGGCGUGGGAACAUCGACGACGAUCGUAACUGAAGUGUUCGGCGGAGCCAGGGCACGAUGAGCGCAGGGUACAAAGACUGACAAGUGAUCUACCUGGUGCUUGAAAACAGCACUGAAGAAAAAGGUUUGUAAGACUCGAAUACUAUUAUACGCUCCAUUGUGUGGUAUUGCAUUCAGCCAGAUAACAUAGUUGACGGGGACCAUAGCCCGCAUUGCCUUGACGUUUUCUUUUACCGUAGCAGGUAUUCGAUCAACCACCCGUCAACACGUGCCAUCACAGCGAGGGCUCCCAGGGAGGUCACCUUCUUGCACACGGUUGUAACGCGCAAUAAGAGACGAUGACGACCGUUAGGACAAAUAAAUCGGAGCUGGAGCUUCACAAACUCCUUGAACGAGCAGUCCUUACGUCCUACUACGACAAAUUCAUCGAGAUAGGCGGGGACAAUGUGCAGCAGCUUCGUGACUCCAGUGAUCAAGAUAUCGAGGAGUUGAUCAACAUUGUAGAUAUGGCCAGAAAGCCACCUCACGUCAAGAGGUUCAAGAAAACACUGGCAGAGUGGAAACCAGACACAGUUGCAGCAACGUCCACUCCAGCGGAUGAAGCAGAAGGGGAGCUUCACAAGCUACUUCGAGGAGCGGAUCUUCUCUCCUACCACGACAAGUUCAUGGAGAUAGGCGGGGACAAUGUUCAGCAGCUUCGUGACUCCGUGGGGAACAAUUUCCAGGAAGUGAUUGACCUUGUUGAUAUGGCCAGAAAGCCAUAUCACGUCAAGAGACUAAGGAAAGCACUGAGCCAGUGGACAGGACCGUCAGUCAAGCUAACAUCCACUGCGGCCCACGAAUCAGAAGGGGAACUUCACGAAUUACUUCGACGAGCGGAUCUUCUCUCCUACCACGACAAGUUCAUCGAGCAAGGCGCAGACAAUGUGCAGAGGCUUUGUGACUCAACCGACGAAGAGUUCCACACACUCGCCGAGCAUGUAGGCAUGGCCAGAAAGCCCCUUCACGUGAAAAGAUUGAAGAACGCACUCAAACAGUGGUCAGGCCAUGCAGCCGUAAUGACGUCCAUUCCUUCAAACGAGUCGGAGCGUGAAGUUCACGAACUGCUUCAGCGAGCGGAUCUCCUCGCCUACUACGACAAGUUCAUCGAGAAAGGCGUAGACAAUGUGCAGCAGCUUUUUGACUCGACGGAAGAAGAGUUCCUGGAGUUCAUGGAUCUUGUUGGCAUGGCCGGAUUCCCUUUUCACGUGAUGAGGUUCCAGAACGAACUGGAACAGUGGACAGGACACCCAGGAGUUCCUCGUUCCUUCUCAAGAAGAAUGGCUUCAGCAUCCGUACCUGAUCUACACAUUGAAAGGUCAGAACAAUGGAAGGAGGUCAGGAAGGAAAUGCAUCGAGCCAUAGUGGACAGAGAUGAGACCCGUGUUCUAAAGUGCCUGGAUGCUGUGCCUGCCCUGAAACUGUGGUUAGACCCAGAUGAAGAUGUCUCUGCUCGCUACAAAGCUAUUGAAGAGAAAGCUUUCCGCAUUCAUGGUCUGCUAGUCUCGCGUGAAUGUCGACUCAAGGACACAGGAGAAUCAUCGUGUUACGAAGGUCUCACACCUCUUGGACGAGCUGAAAUUCGACGGCAGCGGUAUUACACCACAGAAUGCGUGGACUCUUACAUCGACUAUCUGAAAAGCAAAUCACGGAGCGUCACCAGAUGUGAUGACUUCAAUGAGCGAUUGGAGAAGAUGUUCAAGCACCUCUCCAGUGACGAAUUAAACAGGAAUAUUCUGAAAGUGGCUGCAACAGCACCGCACCUACAAGUACUAUUCGACUUCAACAGUGAGAGCGUUCAGCGGACUACGGGACGGAGCAAUAAAGGUGAAGUCGGUCUCACUUUCUGCAACAAACAAAGAGUUUUCGUCGGGGCCAGCACUACAGAAGCAGAAACUUGUGGAACUCUCAUUCACGAGUUAUGUGAUAUGGCACUUCGCCUAGUGUAUAAUAAUGAUGGCAUGCCUUAUUUCCGCGGGGAUACAGAGAGAGAACAGCAAUAUGGAGCCAUUCUGAAUGACAUAAAAGGAAGGAAACACGGACUGGAUCGCCUCAUCAAACUAGCUCUCAGCGAUGAUGAAGAACAAGAGCUAAUUGUACGGAUUCCUCACAUACUGGCCCAAUAUGGUUGCGACGAUCGAAAUAGGGUGCUGGAACGGGAAGUACCAGAACUACGAAAGUUUUUCCAGGAACAUGUCAUCCCAGACAUGCGGGAAUACAUUCAGAAUGUAAUUCCAUCCGUAGAAGCAGAACAGAUAGAAAGGGAAAACGCUAGACUGAACAAAGCUUUGAACACUGGCAAUCUCAAAGUCGAGUUCGAGAAACCAAUAAAUAGAAGUCUCUGGGAGAAGGGGUCGCUUCACAUCGUUACGGGUCCAGAACUGAGGCUUCUCGAAAUAAUGGUUCACAACUCUGUGCAAUCUACUGGUCGACCAUACUUGUUUUUCGAAGAACACGAGAACUACCCCACGCUGGACUGUGAUGUGUUAGUGAAGAACAAAUGUGCAUUUGUGCUCGUGACAGUUCGUAAUGUUACACACUUUAUAGAAACUCUUAGAUUCCUGAGUGACGUGUCCCGUGUGACUGGAACUAAAGUCAUCUUGCUCGUGGAAGACAGUGAGAAAAAAAACUUGAUCAAAAAAGUGCAAGAAGGUGCAUUAUUUUCCGGGGUGCACGAAGAUCACAGGAUCGACGAAGCAAGCUUUGAGCAUGUCACGAAUUGCUGCAAAAACGAAGUUUUCGAAAAUUCUCGCGUAAAACUUCAAGGUCAAUAUGUUUCACUGCUUCCAGAGGCAAUGAAUAUCGACACCUUCUUACAGUGCGUAGACACCGCUGUUUUCCUAAAGCUAUGCGAGUCAGAGGGCAUUGAGCUGGGACCUCCUCUUCAUGAACUAGAAGAACGUGUUCAGAACUAUUAUGUGGAACGAGAGUGUAGAAGAGUCGUGGAAAUUAACUUGAAGGAAUGCAAUCUAGAUGACGACAGUGAGGCAUUCGCUCUUCUGGGCUGUCCACACAAUCAGGUCGCAACACUUCUACCUCACGGUUGUGUGGCAAAGGCCGAGGAGGAAUUAACGAAGUUCGAGAAAUUCGUACUUCUCCAAGAACCACGUGACUACGAAGCUCUCCUGGAAGAUGGUCAUUUCCAAGACAAAGUAGUGCACCUGCUAAAGUUCGAGGGACCUCGUAAGAGACUCUUGUGGACAAAAUCAAAUGGUCGUCUCAGUCAUCUUCCAAUGACAGGAAGUGACUGUUACACUGAGGACGAGUUGUUGAACGUAAACGAGAAGGUUGUCAUAGUCUCUGCUGCACCAGGAAUGGGAAAGACUGUGCUGGCAUCUAGGUUGUGUACAGAGUUAAAAACUCAACAAGACACAAGAACAAGACAAGACAACACAGACAAGACAAGACAGAACUCACACAAGAAGCGGUGGGUGCUCUAUGUCGACCUUCCUCAGAGAAUGGCAUUAGUCAAAUCUGCGUCGCCUAGUCUGGGAUAUCUGGCGGAUCUGUGCCAAGUAGGAAAGGAUGGCCUGGAGUUCGCUUUCUUCGAGGAAAGCUUGAAGAAUGGUAGCCCUUUCGAGGUCGUCGUCAUGUUGGAUGGCUUCGAUGAAGUAAAUGAAGAAUGUCGAGAGUGUGUGGUGGAACUGGUACAGUUUCUAGCUAACAAAAAAGUUUACAAGGUGUACCUUCUUACUCGCACUGUGUUUAAACCCCAUGUACAAGAUACCUUGCACACUGUGUCAUAUGACCUCGUUCCUUUUUCUAAUGAAAACCAGAAUGAAUUCCUCACAAGAUAUAGGGCCCAAAGAGAAACUCCAGCCACCAGCAAUGAGGCAUUUGUGCAAAAAAUCCAGCAACUGUACGCGACAUUGAAGGAGAAAAACAAGACAAUCCUAGAAACCCCUCUCCUACUUCGUAUGAUGGCUGAGAUGGAGAGCGGGGAAAUUACCAAGUCGGACGAUUACUCUUCAUUGCUCAAAAUUGUUGACAUUUCCGGUGGGAGCAGUAUAUACACUGUACACAUCUACAAGACGUUUGUCGAGUACAAACACCUUGUGCACCGAAAAGAGAAGGUGAAGGAAGACAUCUACCGAAGUGCUGUGCGAGGGGACAACCAUGACGCGAAGUCUCCAUUCUACGUAAACCAUGGUCUCCUGGCUAUGAAGUGUAUAUUUCCUCAGGAUACCUUGGAAAUAUUAUUGAAUGAAGACGAAUUAGACCAGUUAGAUCCCGAAGGAAGUUUCAUCACCGGUGUUGAUUCUUUCAAAGAAGGUUCUGUGAAUAGAAUUAACGAACGAGGAAUUCCCGAGUUCGUUCAUAAGACUUUCGCCGAAUUUUUCGCAGCUCACUACCUGUUGGAAACGGCAAAAGGAAGAAAAAGAUUGAGCUUUAGGAAAUAUGUCGUCGGAUUGUAUGGUGAAGCAGACUACGGGGCUGUAAUGAUGUUGUUCGAUGGACUGGCGUCGGCGUCCUACCCACUUCACUCUGCUGUGAUGAACAAUGAUGAUUCAUAUUUUGAGCAACGCGUUAUCGGAAUAGAGGAUAUGUUGAAUGUCGAUGAGCUCAAAAGGACGCCAUUGCACGUAGCAGCCCUGCAUUCUGAUAAAGCAACAUUGAAGAGGCUUCCAAUGGAUGAUGAACUAAUCAGGGAUGAUUUGUUUCGAAUGUCGCCGUUUGGGUACGCGGAGCUUAGUUGUCCAUGGGAGGAAAAAUACAAUGGAACGUGGUGGGCACUUCCUCUGACUCAGACUUCAGCUGCGAGAGACAGACUCGAUUUAUUGUGUGCUCGAUGCAGUGAGGAAGCAGUGAAACGCUCUACCGAAAAUUUGCGCUCAUGUGGAACCUUCGAGGAAAAGACACGUUUUCUCGAGCGAGCAAUAUUCACGGCUGUGAUACACGACCUACGAAGCGUUUUAGACGUGUACCUGACAUAUGUGUCCCCGAGAGAGAGUAUACGAGAACUUGACAGAGACAGCGUGGAGCAUUUAGAAUCACGCAAGAAACGAAGCUUGAGAUGUUCUGCAGAGUCUUCGGUAAUUAAAAACCUUGAUGAUUUUGUAGACCGGCUCAAUAGAACUGUCCCUUUUUACGCAAACUCCGAGGCUGUUUGUAAAAUGCUCCUUCCUUACUGUGAUAUGGAAAUUCGUGAUAUAUUGGGAAACACAAUGUUGCACAUUAGUGCGAAUGAAGGAAAUCUGGAGACAACAAAGUUUCAUCUCGCGCAUUCAUCUGUCAACGCCACAAAUGCAUACCUUCAAACUCCUUUGCAGUUGAGUAGAGACCCAGAGGUUGUGAAGUUACUUCUUACUGGUUCACCGUCAGCCAAUGCUCUCGAUGAUCGACAAGAAAUUCCAAUGGAUCGACGGAUCAUGUGGAGUUAUUUGGAGGCCGCUAUAUCGUUACUCCUUCGCAUUCAGUGGAACACAGUGCUUCAUGUGACUUCCGAGUUUGGUCCCCUUAACGCUGUGGUGGUUUUUCUACCCCACAUAAGAGCACAUGUGCUUAACUGCGACGGAAAAACGCACUUGGACGUUGCUUGGGAAGGUUUCAGUGAGAUAAGUUCAAGGUUGGAUGUCGUGAGGUGUCUCAUCCCACACUCGCUCGUCAACUCACCCGAAACGAUUGGCUCCUCGCCAUUGUAUGUUUGGGCAAAGGGAGGUCAAAGGAAAGUGUUGCAAACUCUAUGGCCUUACUUGCGACACAGUGACCCUAAGCAUGCACAGAGGAUCAGCACAGACUCCGUCUGUGUGCGGGUGAAUAAGGAUUUCCAAGAAGAAGUUUGGUGUCUGAAACUCCUCCUCCUCCAAUUAGAUGUCGUCGCUGGUGAUCCUUAUAGCCGUAGACUGCUACAUGAUACGGUCGUACAGAAGCUAUGUUGCAUAGCGGAAGCAAAUUACAUGAAGCUGGUACUGCCGCAUUCAAAUCUGUGGGGGCCGGGUACAUGGUUAGCAGAAAAUGAUGACCUUGUUGCCUUAUUCCAGAGAUGGUCGGACAUGAAUAAUCCCGAUGAUCCGCGCUUUGACGAUGCCAAUACGCAAAUUCUUGAAGACGUUGGCAAUGCCAAGUUCCUAACUGGUGCACGGGAAGGUAAUGUGGAAGCUGUGGAACUUCACCUCUCACAUUCAUCCGUAUGCUUUACAGAUGAGUUAGAUAAUACUGCAUUGCACUUGAGCGCGUCGAACGGACACACAAAUGUGGUGAAGCUUCUGAUUCCUUUUUAUACACCAGUGGACGUGAUCAAUGUGCAUCGAGAAACGCCCAUGCAUGUCUGCGCCUCGAAUGGACACUUGGACGUUGUAAAGUUAUUAUUACCCCGCUCUCGAAUGAAUUCCUUUGACAUAGAUGGAGGUACACCUCUCCAUGUGGCCUGCGACGAAGGUGUCCUUGAUAUCGUGAACUUCCUUCUACCUCACUCAUUCGCCAGUAUGCGCGACUGCAAUGGCAAAACAUGCUGCUUUCGUUCUGCAGAAAAACAGAAGCUGAAAGUUCUGAGAUGCCUCAUUCCGCACUCUCUCGUUAACUGUCCUAAUAGUGAAGGCGAUUCACCGACGAAGCUAUGUGCAAAAUACCAUAAGAAAGAAGAGCUGAUGACAUUAUUGCCUUAUUCUUGGGAUUAUGAAGUUACUACUUUAUUGACGAGCAGCAUGUUUCUCGUGUAUGAGUGCGGGAUGGAUCUGGGAAGGAUGUUUUUGCUGAAGCUUGUGGUUCUUCACUCUGACGUCUGUGCAGUAGAUGUGUGUUAUCGUGAAAUACUCGACAUCAUUCGGGAGUCUUAUGCAAAGACUAAGCCGAACCUGCUGCUAGGUGAAACCGAGGCUGAGAGAAGACAUAGAAGAACGCAAGUCUUGAAAGAUAUUUCUGUCUUGUUUCCGCAUACAAAUAUUUCCGCUAAGGACGACGAAGGCAAGGAACUAUUACAAAAAGUCCUCGAAAGCAGUCAGGAUCACGAAUUGCACCGCUGUCUUCAGAAAUGGACCCGCUUGAAUGAUGUUUAUUCAUAUGAUGAUCACGAUUGUUGACAACGGUUGUGGUUAAGCACCAAGUGGCACCGAGCUGUCAAUGGACACGAGCUCUCAAGAUGACAUGAGAGUUUUAAGAGAGGUAUCAACAUCAGUAACGGUUCCGUACAUUCCUCCGAAAAUGCAAACGGCUGUACUAUAGCAGUGGGACUUUUGGCUUUUAUAAGGUGGUAAGUGUGUCUAAAACUGAAACAAUGCAUAGAAGUGAGAGAGAAGGCCAUAUACCGAGUCUAAAGAUUUAAGAUUUAAAAAUUAUGUGGGUCUAGAACCAUCAUUAUAUGCAUCUCAUUAACACCAGCUGAACCACAGAAAAACAGGACCACGCUAAGCCUAACGGCUUCGGAUGAGUUAUCUUGCGAAAGGUAUGAGGCAUGGGUUAGGUCAGGUAAGCGCAUUUUAGGUUGGUUAGGUCUGGUAAGGUUACGCAGAUUGGGAGAGGGUCUGUGGGAAGCCCCCACCCCCAGAUUGGGAGAGGGUCUGGGG